AUGGCAGCACCACACUACCGAAAAAUCGAGCUUCAGUCUCCAGCAGACUUCACCUAUCUCUACGCCAACACAGUCGCGCUCUCCCGCCAAAAACUCGACCUCCACCUCCCCCCUUCCGCAACAGACAAUGAAGCCCCAGAUCCGAUGCGCGAACGCGUCCGGGAGCUAGUCGACGAGUACAUAAACGAAACCUUCGAAUCAGCAUCCUCAUCAAUCAGCAUCAACGGCCUAGACUCCUCAUCCCCCCAAUUCCCCUUCCCGGCAGCCUUCACCGCGCCAACCGAACAAAUCGAGUACGAGCCCUUCGACACAGAACUCGCAGCGCGCGUGGCAGCGCUGUAUGCACAGCUGGAAUCGCUUAAUACGACAGUCGCGCAGCAGAGACGGGACGCGCCGAGACGGGCGGCGAAGGAAUAUGCUGCGCAGUUGAACAAGAUUAUUCAAGAGGAAGACGAGGAGAUGGAUGGGGCUGGGGGAAAUUUGCCGGGUCAAUCGGAGGGCACAAUUCCCAGCGGUGGUGAUUCUACGGGUGCAGAGGCCGGGUCGGCGCAGUCUCGACCCGCUAAGUACGACCCGGCGUGGACUUUGCAGGUUGAGCUUGGGACGGAGGCGGAACAGGAGAGGUGGAAGAGUGGCGAUGUUGCGGGGGUUUAUGAGGAUGCUUUGCGGAUGCUGUUAAGGUUGCAGGGUGAGGGGGAUGCUAGUGAGGUUGGUGAUGAAGGUAAUGCGUUGGCGAGUACUGUUGGUAAGGCUGAGAGGGCUGGGCGUGCUGCGGAAGUGGUGGAAAAUAUGACGAAGUAA